AUGGAACCUUCAAGUUAUAUCACGCGUCACCCCGGUGCGUAUGAAAGAUGUAAGAAACUGAAAUCUCGGUGCAAUCGCAAAGGCGACGCCCCGUGUACCCCUUGCGAAAAGCGGAACUUGAGAUGUGUCCCUGCCGUCAUCAAGACUAGGGGUAAAGCCAUACCAAAAUCCCAAUAUGUGCAGUCUAUGGAGGAACGUAUUGCACAGAUGGAAAAGGCGCUGAAGUGCCUCCCCUUGGGGAAGGAGAUGCCACUUACAGGACGGUCAUUCAACGCUCUGAUUGAAGAGCAAGCGAGUCUUAGCCACGAAAGGUCCACCCACAUUGUGAGUAGUGAUGGCGAGACUGACUUCAUAGGUUCGUCUUCUGCCUUGUCGAUAAUGACACCAGAAACUCUUCAAUGGCUCCCAGAGUUGAUAGGAGCAUACAACAUGGAGAGGAUAAUGACUCUUUUCGGCCGCUUUCGCUCGUCUUCCGAUUUCUCCUUCAGUGACUUCGCCCUGGUUGAGAAAAGCCAGAAUCGUCAAGACCUCCCAUCAAAGGAAAUUGCUACUAUAUAUGUGAAUAAUUACUUUGGAAUAUUCAACAGGGCAUUACCUCUUUAUGACAGGGCCACAUUUCUUCAAUUUCUUGCACGACAGUACUCCAAUACUCCGCCAACAACUACCUCAUGGUAUGCAAGUUUUAAUUUGGUUUUGUGCCUUGGAUUCAACUGUCGAAGCAACGAACACUCACCGAUAUCUGAGGAGUGUACGCGGGCGUGGGGCUAUUUUCAGAAUGCCAUGAGCGUUUUGCCGGACUUGAUCUUCAGAAAUCCGGAUGCAAUGUCCAUCCAGGCUCUUAUUGCAAUGAUGAUCAUCGCGGACUCAAAUCUAUCAUUCCAAGCUUCUUCAAUGCUCCUAUCAAUGGCCAUCCGACUCGCUUUGGACAAGGGCUUCCAUCGCAAGCUAACAGGAAAACAUUUCUCCGCUGAAGAAAAUGCGUCGAGAGCAAAUAUCUUCUGGAUUCUCUACAUAAUGGACAAAGGAAUAUGUAUUCGGUUCGGCCACCCGUCAUUGGUAGAUGACGACGAGAUCUCAAUCGAUCCACCGUCAUCCGAUGCAGCCAAGUCAGAUGUACAGGAUUUGGCAUUCUUCCGGGUCUUCGUUGACCUAGCUAUGAUUCAGAACAAAGUAUGCAAGUGGCUGUAUUCUGCUCGUUUCCGAACAAGACCUGCUAGACAGCGGUUGCUUCUCUUUGGAGAAUUGGAGGAUUACUUGGAUGCAUGGAAGGAAUCUUUGCCGUCGGAAUUUCAACCAGAAGCCCAAGUGGAUGUGAACAACCCCUCUCACCGUUUCAAUAUUCAGUCAGUCUUGAUGCUACACAUGACUUACUACUAUACCGUUGCCACAAUUCACCGUUUUUCAGCGUUUCUGGACUUGGAUCCCGAACUCGAGCAAGAGCUGAAAGAGCACUCUACUGGCGGUGUUGAUCAAGCAGAAUUGAGCGCCUUGGUUUGUCUCUCGGCCUCAAGGACAACUGUUCACCUUCUAAGAUACGGAAAUUGCUCAUUUUACAUGCUACCGUCACCCUCCUGGUCUACCAUCUAUUAUGUCCUUGCGGCCUCAUUGAUGAUUUUCGCCAACGUGGUAAAGAAUCCAACACAACCUGAGGUAGAGGUCGACAUUUCGUACCUGCGGCUGUUUGCAAUCACGCUCCAAAGGUCAUUUACUGGUGCGGUCUUUCCUCAUGGAGACACAUUACGGGCUCUUGCGGAAUUGAUGCUCAGCAUUGCGGAGCCAAUUGUCCACCACAAACAAGAAGAUCAACAACAGCAAAAGCAAAAUUUAUCUAGCAGCGCACUACCUGAAUCUUUCAGUCAGCACAUUCCAUACGCACCUGCAGAGAAUGAGCAGCCAUUAUUGGCUCCAACGCCCCAAACUAUGCCUGCAGGCCCAUCAUCAGCCAUUCCGCAGGAUCCCAACCACGGGGUAUCAUCUACCGUCAACGCAGCUGGGAGCAUAUUUGACUAUCUCUUCCUACCUUCUCAGAAUCCAUCUCCAUCCCCAUUUCUCAACUCGGCUGUCAAUGCCGAUUCUUCUUUUCCUCGAGAUGCACCGGAAAUUGUCGGGACUCUUGAGGGAGUAGGAUCCGUCGAAAAUGAACAGCAUACCGCUUGGGAUAGCUACGUCUUGUAUGAUUAG